AUGGUGUAUCUCACGCUUCAUAGUACCAUUGCCUUUGUGAUGGUACUAAUAGCGUUCGCAACGCCGCUCACUUCAGCGUUUCCAACUCUCCGAAUCAUGCCGCUCGGAGACUCCAUCACCAAGGGCAAUGGAUCUAAAGACCAGAAGGGCUACCGCAACCGCCUUCGUCAGAAACUAAUCGGCCAAGGCACUUCUGUUGACAUGAUCGGCAGUCAGAAGCACCCCGCCACCGGCAUGCCUGACAACGAUCAUGAAGGUCAUAGCGGUCACGUCCUUGCUCAGAUCAACGAGCAUUGGAAACGUUCCAUCGCGGCACGUCCCAACGUUGUUCUCGUACAUGCUGGAACUAACAACAUGGACCUCGAAGAGGACCUCGAAGGCUCGCCUGCAAUGCUUGCUUCCAUCAUCGAUGGCCUUCUCGCCAACGCUCCUGACGCAACCAUUCUCGUUGCUCCGGUCAUCUGGGCUAACAAGCCUAGGAUGCAACAAAACACUGAUAGAUUCAACCCUAAGGUCAUUUCUAUCAUCGAGGAGAGGCAGAAGGCUGGAAAGCACGUGCUCGAGGUCCCCAUAGAGAUCACAGUGGCCGACCUCUGGGACCAGAAGCACCCCAACGAUAGCAGUUACGAAAAGAUGGCCAACGCUUGGUUGAAGGCUAUCCUAGAAGCCGAUAAACGUGGUUGGCUCGAGGACCCAGUUGGCAGGGACGCCAAGGGACUACCAGGUGUAGGUCUCGGUGUGGGCGGCGCAUCAGGCGGCACCGGUCAGGAGAUCGAAGGUCAGAUAUGGAAGAAGCAGGGCACCGUGUUCGACGGAAUCCGAACUUGGGAAUCUGUCGGUACUAUACGCGGACCUCUUGAAAACGGAAGCCGGGCCAAAGUGAUCCUUGCCGACCUUAACGGCGACGGCAAGGCGGACUACGUUCUGGCCGACAACGAUGGUACAAUACGAGGCUGGAUCAACCAAGGCGGUCCCAACGACUGGACGAGCAUCGGCAAAAUCAAUCCGGAUUGGAAGUCUAUCAAGGGGAACAUGGUCCGUCUUGCCGACGUUGAUAACGACGGCAAGGCCGACUUGAUAGUGUUGUACAAAGAGGGGGCAGCCAAAGUAUGGAAGAACGUCGACAAUGGAAAGAAGUUCGAGCCUCUAGAUUCUCAGUGGGCAACUGGCCUUGGAUCAAGGGAUAAGAUCCACUUCGAAGACAUUGACGGUGAUGGAUAUGCGGACUAUGCCAUUAUCUAUGAAGGGGGUUCAGUCAAAUGGGCGCGCAAUACUCGCAACAACGGCAAGGACAGCAGCAAGAAGAAUUGGGAGACUGUGGCUACAAUCGCCCCCGGUUCUGAGGGCAUUCCUGCAGGGUCGACAAGGAUCAGAGAUAUUGACGGCGAUGGGAAGGCUGAUUACCUCGUUGUAUACGAUGGAGGUGCAGUCAACGCCUUCCGCAACACCAUCAAACAAGGUGGGCGCAACUGGGAAGAUCUUGGCACUAUUGCUCCGGGCACCUCGGGCAUUAUAGGUGAUAUGAUUCGCUUCGCGGACAUGGACGGUGAUGGUCUCGCCGACUUUCUUGCCGUCGACGAUGAUGGAAGCAUUCGCAUGUGGAAGAACCUCGGCAUCGCCGGGACCAAGGGGACGAGCAUUCGCUUUGCCGACUUGACCGGCAACGGCUUUGACGACCUGAUCUCGGUCGACGCUAAGGGUCGGGCUCGUGCCUGGCUCAAUAAGGGCAGUGACAAGUGGGAGUCAAUCGGCGAGAUCGCACCGGGCCUUAAUGAAGAUCUCUCAGAUUCGCGCAUUGAGUUUGUCGAUGUCAACGGCGACAAGCGCGCCGAUUAUCUGGUCAUCUACGGUGGUGGUUCUGUCAAGGCGUACCUGAACCAGGGUAAUCUCCCCAGCCCCGGUGAUCGCCGGAUCUGGCAGGAUAGUAUUAUCAUCGCCCCAGGCGUUGGUGAGCCGGGAAGCAAGAUCAGGUUUGCAGACCUCGACGGAGACGGGUACGCAGACUUCCUGGUCCUCCAUGACGGGGGAGCAGUUGAGUACUGGCAGAACAACAGGAACAUACCGCUCGUCAACGGCGGUCGCAUGUGGAAGGAGGGCAUUAUCGUGGCGACUGGCGUCGGUGAGCCUGGCAGCAAAGUGCAGUUCGCAGACCUGACAGGGGACGGGAAGGCCGAAUAUAUUGUGCAGUAUGACGGUGGUGCGGCUUUGGCGUAUCGCAACAACGGCAGAAUUCCCAACGGCGAGGGGCGGAAGUGGACUGACCUGGGCACGGUUGCUAUUGGUGUUAAACCUCAGGGGUCUGUGUAUUACGCCGAUAUCAACGGUGACGGGAAAGAUGACUACGUUUCUGUUCUUGACGGGGGUGUCGUCAACGCAUACAUUAAUAUCAAUAACUGGAUUCCUAAGUUGACCGACAACCCCGGAGACGGUGGUGGUAAUGGAGGCAACGGUGGUAAUGGAGGCAACGGUGGUGACGGCGGUGGUGGUGAUGGUGAUGACGAUGAUAUUGUAUAUAUCGAUCCAGUUAUUUGGAGCUCGAAGAACCCGACCGCCAGCUGCCAACCACCGUGCACCCUCGUCCUUCCACCGUGGCCGCUCUCGUCCAAGACUACCAUCAACUUCCCAGUUAUUACGGAGACGAUCAAGGAGACGUGGCCGGAAACCACGGACGGUGUUGUCAAGUAUCGUACAACCACAAUCACUGUACGCAUCACGAUACCCCCUCUCACGAUGUCCGAGAUUGAGGUUUCCAAUAUCAUAAUCACCGAAACCACCUCCCAAUCGAUCAUUGUGCGUGGGAGCGUUAUUCCGCCACCCAUCACCUUGACCGAACCAACUCACGGCGUCACCUACACUUACAAGCCUGGGCCGUUUCCAACUAGCAAUAACAAGCCAGGGGAUGAUAACGAUGAUGACGAUGAUGACGAUGACGAUGACCCCGACAAUGAGGAUGAAUCGGAAAACGGUGAUGAAGACGACGAGGACGAUGAUCUGGUCAUUUUGCCUCCCCCAGGCAUUGCUCCUGGCAUCAUUAUUGCGCCUGGGCCUCCAGGACCUAUUUGCAAGGCAGGCUGCGGCAAGCCCUGUGUAUUCGGCUGCACGCCCGGCGGCAGUGGAGGAGGAAGCGGAGGUGGAUCAAGUGGCUGCAUCGGUGGCGGAUGUCCUGGGCCAGGAGGAAGUUGUGUUGGUAUCGGGUGCAACAGUAACAACGACAAGGAUGAUGAGAAGGAUGAUGACAAAGACGAAGAUGAGGAGGACUGCGCCACCGAGACCAAUACGGCAUGUCACCAGGUCACCGACUACUGGGUGUCAUGCAAAUCCUCCUACUGCACAACUACCGCCACCGAGGUGAUCACCGGUUGCUUCCUCACCGCAACCGCUACAACAACAACCGGUGCAUCCUGCCCACUCAUCACAGUCGAUCCGUGGAACGAAAGUCUGGGCGACAAUGACGAUGGCAUACAGGACCCAUUUGAGGAUUUUAUUGGGGCAUUGACUGAAUAUGAGGGAAGCGUUAUUAUGUCGAGCAAGCGAUAUACUAUAAACGACGACGGCUACGUUACGAUUGACAGGGUCGCAUACCCACUCCCAGCUUUGAAGUCUCCAAAAAUCACCAAGUUUAAGGAGGCGACUGCUACUAUCUGGCCUCCAGUAACGGGUUAUACUUUCCUCCCUGCUAAUGAUAGCUAA